AGCUUCUCAAGGCCAAAUUCGUCCACCUCUGUCGAUCUCCCUUCGCUCGCCAUGGCCCUGAAUUUUGUCCUUCCAGCCUCACCUUCGACGCUCGCACCUGCGCCCAGCGUGGCCACCCACCACGCGAGCACCGCCUCAGCGGGUCCUGCGGGCGCAGCACCCACGGGUGGCUUAGCGGCGACCUGUGCUACGGUGGCGGCAGUCGCAGGGCUGGCACAACGGCAGCGGAACCGCAACAAGGUGGCGCGCAAGUUCUCGCUGAAUCUGCCCAACAUGCCCGGGUUUCCCUUCGAAAAGAGCAAGAAGACCGUGGUGAUCACCGGCGCCUCCAGUGGUUUGGGCCUCCAAGCCGCCAAGUCUUUGGCCCAGCAGGGCUGGCAGGUGAUCAUGGCAUGUCGGGACUUUCAGAAAGCUGAGAAGGCUGCCAAGGAGGUUGGCAUGGAUCCAGAGAACUACCAGGUGAUUCACUGCGAUUUGGCCAGCAAGCAGAGUGUGCGGAACUUCGUGCAGACCUUCCGAACGAUGUACAACAGCUUGGAUGCCUUGGUUUGCAACGCGGCCGUCUACUUCCCCAACACCCACAAGGAGGGCGUCAUUUUGCCGGGUCUCUUCCCGGGCGGCGGCCCUCGUUGGAGUGCCGAAGGCCAUGAGAUGAGCUUCGCAGCCAACUACCUGGGUCAUUUCCUCCUCUGCAAGCUUUUGCUGGAGGAUUUGAAGAAGAGCAGCUUCAGUGCCCCCCGCUGCGUGAUUUUGGGCACGGUCACCGCCACGGUGAACGGUGCAGGGCUGGGUGGCAUGAUUCCGCCCUUGGCGCAUGUGGGGAACUUCGAGGGCUUGGAGAAGGGCAUGAAGGCCCCUGUGACCAUGCUCGAUGGCGGCGCCUUUGAUGGUGCCAAGGCAUACAAGGACAGCAAGGUCUGUGACGUCAUGUUGAUGAAGGAGCUCCACAAACGCUACCACAAGGAGACGGGCAUCGUGUUCACCUCCCUCUAUCCGGGAUGCAUCGCCGAGACGAACCUCUUCCGGGAGCACUAUCCGCUCUUCCAGAACCUCUUCCCCGCGUUCCACAAGACUGUCACCAAGGCGUACGUGAGCCAAGAGGAGGCUGGGCAGCGCUUGGCUGCCUGCGUGGCGGAUGAACGCUAUGGUACCAGUGGCAGCUACUAUUCCUGGGAGGGCGAGGCCGGCACGGGCGGUGGUGGCGGCCGCGAGGCAGUGCAGAACACCGAGAAGGACCUCGACUGGUUCAUGAACUACGGGAGCUUCCGUACCCUGAGCAUCGACGAGAUCGGCGGCGAGGCGGCGGACGACCAGCGCUGCAGCAAGCUGUGGGAACUCUCCGAAAAGCUGGUGGCCUAGGACGUCGAACUCGGACGUCGAACGCAGUUCGGUGCUUGUUUCUUUCAAGUCCCACUUGGUCCGGUGGAGCCUUUGUUUUCACCGCUGGAAGCUUGUUGUGAUGGUUAAUGAAAGCGCCUGGCUAUUGGCUUUAUCAGCCUGUUGCUUUUGCUUGGCUUUAGCCUGCUGAGAUUGCAGGAGACUCCCAGCUCCCUGGCCUUGUCAGUCACGUGAUGUCACGUUGCUUCAGUAUUACUCGACGUCGAACGGAUGCCGCAACGGGCAAUGGCCACCACGAGGGGUAAAUCAAUGGCAUCUCGCCUCAAAGAAUCACAGAGCAAAUGUUGAGCCAAUAGGUAUCAAUGUAUGGUGCCUUGGAAGACCAUGAAGACCCAAACUUGGAAGAAGCUGAAAGCAGUGAGAAGAAAGUGGAGACAGCACUCGUGUGAGACCCAGUUCACCCCCGUGUGUGACCCGGAGUUGCCUAACGACGCUUAAAGACUUAUGGCUUUUGUCAGAGUCGACCACUCGAUCAUCUCUGAGGCUCGGACGCUGCAGAACAGCUGAACCAGCUGAGCAACAAAAUGAUUUAUAAAGAAGUGACUUCGCAGCUGCAGGACAUCGCAGUGACUUCGCAGCCUCGAAUAAUCUGGCACAACAGCACAGAAUAAUGAAAGCCUUGGUGCGCAC